AACGAAUACUUUUCGAUGUCCAUCAACAAUCAGUCGGGAUUUGUACGGAUGCACAAGUUGUUGAAACGCGUUAUUGGUCAGGUAGUUGGGACAUUAGCGUAGAGAAGCUGUAGGGUUAAACUCAAUGAGAAAAUAUUAAAAAACGAAAGUGGUACAUAAACAUUGCAAACAAUAAGAAAAAACCGAAAACGAAAUCCCCAACGUAUAUCUAAUAUAGAGUAGUGCAGUGUUAUUGCUUUCUAAGUGUAUAUGUACUUGUGAAAAUUGUAAAGAAAAUAAUUUUGUGUAAAAAAAAUCGUUUACAAUCGUUGAGCUAAGUUCACUCAGCAGUUUUCCUACUGAAAUAUGGAGCUGGAUUCCAAUGCAGAGCAGCAGCAGCCUCAUGAACGGUCCGAAACGGAAAUCGAACCGGAACCGGUGUUGGAAGCCACCACCAGCGGCAGCGUGCUCUUCGACAAAGCUUAUCAACUAAUGGAGAGAUUCUCAUCCACUCGUAUCGGCCAAUUUGUAUUGGAGCGUGGUGAUCGAGUGCUGCGCAUUUUUGAGGAUACCGCCAAGUGGAGUUUGCCACAUGAUAAAAAGGAUCCCUGCUUGGUGCGCCCUUUGCCGUGGCUACCAUUUCUUGUGCUAAUCAUAAUCAUGCGUCAAUUACGUCUGGGGCUAUCGCUAGUUGCUCUGCUAAUUGGUAAUGGUCCCGUUACGGCCCACAGUCUCGUCUACUUCAUACAAACACGCCGUCGUAAGCUACGUUCCAUACGCAUGAACGGUAUGAAGGCAAUACAGGAGUGGGAGAAUGCGCGCAAAUCGCAGAAAAAUGAUAUAAUUGGUGAUGUGAUGUCCAAGCUGAGCAAGAUAAUUACUGUAGGUGUGUACCGGCCGCGCAUUCACUGCCAACCAGCUGGUGAAGUAUUUUCGGCACCUGAUAUGCAGGACUUGCUUCGGCCACGAUUCAGGCAAAAGCGCCCACGCGAGGAUGAUUGUCCUGAAUCGGAUUUACGUUGCAACCAAUUGUUGUCGAUAUAUGCCAAUGCAAACUCCGACGAUGACUCUGACUACAUGCCAAUUCAGGAGGAGGAAGAUGCGCUCAAUGAGUCUACACCAUCCGCUAGCAGUGGAUAUAGUAUGGAUACUAGCGAUGAGAACGCCAAAGACCUCAGUUUUACCGAAAAAUCAGAAUCGAAAGAGACAAAAUCGCCCAUUAAGAAAAAUAUACCUACGAUUCAGAUCAAAGAAGCAGAGGGUACGACAGCUCCACAGAAUUCUGAUUAUACUGAUCAAAAGCAAACAGCUUCAGCGGAAAGUGCUAACUCAGUUCCAGUGUCGCCGAAAACACCGCAGUUAGCACUUGACAAUGGGCAAAAAAAUAGUGAAAGUGAACUGGGCGCAGUGGGAGGAGUCGUAAAACCGCGUGAGGCUUUGAAGCCUCAAAAUGAAAAGUUUUUUAAUAAUUUGAAUGGUCAUGCUGAUAUGCAAAAAAAAUCAACACCAGGACAUGAAAGCGCCGCCGACACCAAGCCGCACGUACCGCUGCCUCUGCUGAGCAAUGUUGUCAACGCAAUUCCCACGGAUGAAAUGCUCAUAGAUGCUAUUGAUGAUUGUAUUGCUAAUCAAAUUGAAAUCCCAACCAAUAAACCACCACAACCUCAACAACCACCACUACUCUCACCACUUUCGUCUCCAUCCUGCUCCACAGAAUCCUCCACCUCCUCGUUAGCUUCGUUUGAGACCAGUUGUGAUAAUGAUUUUGUUGACUCUGAGCGCGAUGACACGCCAACACUCAAUGCGGCUUCGUCGGCGGAGGACGUCUAUCUAAGUCCGAUCGGCUCACCUCCGAACUUCAAUGCCUUAAUCAACCCAAUAGCGCGCAGUAACAUUGUCACAUUUGGUGCCACAGAAGGUUCAGCUCCCAACGAUGGUGUUGAUAAACUGAUGCCUAAGCCCAAGCAUUUCAAACCUGAGCAAAAAACGCAAAAUCAGCGGCAUCAACAAAAACAAUCACAUCAACAACGACACCGUAGGAACCGAUUUUGAAAAAUGGCAUUUAUUUUUAUAUAUUUUUAACAUACGUAUGUAGUUUAAAAUAAAAGUUUGUGUAAGAAUUCUGAAUUUUAAAAUGUCUAUUAAAACCUAUGAAUUUCAAAGUAAUUUUUGUAAUUAAAUAUUUAGUGAAUUAAAAUCCA